AUGCGCGCCAGCAAGCUGAGCCAGCAGCUGUACAGCGACCCGGUGGAGAUGUGGCUGUGGUCAGCGACGAAGCCAAUUAAUUACUUCAAAUUUGCCAAUCAGGCCGCGAGCGAUAACCGAGCCGGUCACGGCUUUUACCCUCGGAAGCUGAAUCUAACGUCGGCUGUCGGGACCGUGUUGAGUGAAAUCGUCACCAACAAUGGUGAGGGUGACGGGAUGGCGGGCGAUGGUGAAGAGGAGGGCAGCAGCUCGGAUCAUUUGAUGACCCUAAACAACUAUUGGGCGUUGCUUGCCAUUGUGCUAGUGUUCGGAACCGCUGCCGGGAACAUUUUAGUUUGUCUAGCCAUCGUGUGGGAACGGCGGCUGCAGAAUGUGACCAACUAUUUCCUGAUGUCGUUGGCCAUCACCGAUCUGAUGGUGGCUCUGUCGGUGAUGCCACUGGGAAUUCUGACACUUGUACGAGGAUACUUCCCGUUGCAGUCCGAGUACUGCCUGGUGUGGAUCUGUCUGGAUGUGCUGUUUUGUACCGCGAGCAUAAUGCAUUUGUGCACAAUUUCCGUAGAUCGAUAUCUGUCCUUACGCUAUCCGAUGCGCUUCGGGCGAAACAAGACGCGGAAGCGGGUGGUGCUGAAGAUAAGCUUUGUGUGGCUCCUAUCGAUCGCGAUGAGCUUGCCUUUGAGCUUAAUGUACUCGAAGAAUCAUGCAUCCGUGCUGGUGGAGGGAACAUGCCAGAUUCCGGACCCGGUCUACAAGCUGGUCGGUUCGAUAGUGUGCUUCUACAUACCGCUCUGUGUGAUGCUAAUUACGUACACCCUGACCGUGCGGCUGCUGGCGCAGCAAAGCCAAAAUCUGGGCGGUGGUGCUGCUUCCGGUGGCUGGUCCAGCGGUUGGCUCGGCCAAACCCCCGCCCUGGACCGCCGGAACACCUGGAAGCGGAUUAUCAAGCUAAGUUUACCGUCAACGCCGAACCAUGCCCACUCGGCAGCCUCCACCGAUACCGAGCUUUCAACGUUGGACAAUCACGAUUUGUGGCUGCUGGAAUCCAGCAUUCCGGAACCGACCCCUUCCACCAUGACGGCACUGCAUCAGUUCGGCGAGGAGAUGCUCAAACUAUCGCGUGGGUUAGAAUCGGUUACCAGCGGCUGCCGCAACGUCAGCGGAACCACAUCAAGUGUAGCGAAAACUGUCGACAGCGGUGCAACGGUACCGCACCUGGGGGUGGCGGGACAGAGCGCAACGGCCCUGCACGACGGAAACGGGUUCGAUGGUGGAGAUUGUGGUGGUGGGUCGACUGCCGAUGCCAAAAACUCCUCAGCGAGGAAGAAACCACCGCCAGCAACGCCGUCCAAACCGCCCCCGUUGACGAAACGCCGAAGUUCGACUACCGCAUGGAUCAACCGCCGUAACUCGGUCACCCCUCCAUCGUCCGUCGUGCGGAAGCGUUUCCGUAGUCUUCCCUUCGCGGUUUCUCCACCGGACGGAACCGGUCCCGAAAUCACGGUGAACGAUCUGCUCCGCCAGGAAGCGGACCGGCGCUGCCGGGAAGAAACUUUAGCACGAAAAAACACCCAAGAGGAGGACUCGAUUCAGGCACCGAGCGAGAACGAUGACAGCAGCAGAAGUUACAGCGAAAUCAGUGACGGUGCUUCGGUGAAUCCGCUGCGUUUGCCACCUCCCUGCAAGUGUCCAUACUUUGGCGAGGCUGGCAACAAACGGCAAUGUGAGGGCAUUCGACCGGCGGAAAUCAAAAUAGUUAAGACAAGUUCAAAUUAUAGCUCAAUUUCCAACUUGGAAACGCAAAUCAAUAGCAAUAUUUCGAUUUCGUCUCAACCGACGCGGUCAACAUCCAGCAGCCUGUCGACGCUGCCGGCGUUCUCGCUGGUGUCCCCGAACAAGAAGUACAACAAUCUGAAAAGUGUAUCCGUGGUGACGUGGGAUUCCCGUAGACAUCAGAGACGUGGAUCCAGUUUUGGAGGUGCUCGAACCUCACUGCUGCUGACUCCAACCAAACCGAACAUAUCGAGCACCACCUCGCUGCGUCGCUCGGCCACUCUGAGACACCACAACGAAGGGACGCCCUCCAUCGUGAUUUCCGGUGGUGACAUGCACAAAGUUCAGAAGAACACCUCCUCGCCGUGUUUGAUACAGCGUCAGACGACGAUUCGGUCGCAUCACUCGCGCAACUCGAGUGUCAUUUCCCGAAACUCGUCCCGUCACGGUCGAAUCAUCCGACUGGAGCAGAAAGCAACCAAAGUGCUUGGAGUAGUGUUCUUCACCUUCGUCGUACUUUGGGCACCGUUUUUCGUGCUGAAUCUGCUGCCCAGCUUAUGCAAAGAAUGCGAGGAGAGCAUCAAUCACUGGGUGUUCGAGUUCGUUACCUGGCUCGGAUACGCCAGCAGUAUGGUCAAUCCAAUAUUCUACACCAUAUUUAACAAGGCGUUCCGGGAUGCCUUCAAGAAGGUGCUACUCUGCCGGUAUGGCAGCACGAAACCAGCCUGGCAGCCUUGCAGCUAG